AUUGAAUAGAUGAAUGAACAAAAACAUGUUGUUAUUGUUGGUGGCGGGUUAGUUGGUUCAUUAGAAGCAUUGUUUUGUGCUCAACGCUCAUAUAAAGUAGAUGUUUUUGAAUACCGUCCUGAUCCGAGAUUGCAGAAAUAUGUUGCUGGCAAAAGUAUAAAUUUAGCGUUAUCUGAAAGAGGUCGUGCUGCAUUGCGUAGCAUAGGUGCUGAAGAUUAUAUUGUUAAAACCUGUAUACCCAUGUAUGCUAGGAUGAUACACUCACACAAUGGAAAACGCACACCGAUUUCAUAUGGGAAAAAUGAUCAGUGUAUUCUUUCAGUUGAUCGAAGAAAACUUAAUGAGCAUCUAAUCAAUUUGGCAGAGAAAAAUGUAAAUAUAAGCUAUCAUUUUCAAAGUAAAUUUGUUUCUUCAGAUUUUGAUCGAGGUAAGAUAAGGUUUGAAAAGAAUGGAGAGUUAUCAGAACAUUAUGCUGAUUUAAUUGUUGGUUGUGAUGGUGCUUAUUCUGCUGUUCGCCAACAAUUAUUAAAAACAACCAGGAUGAAUUAUUCUCAAUUUUACAUUCCUCAUGGUUACAAAGAAAUUGAAAUGUUGCCAAAUGAGCAUGGUGAAUUUGCAAUGGAGAUAAAUUACUUUCACAUUUGGCCGCGUAAUGAAUUUAUGAUGAUAGGUCUCCCUAAUCAAGACAAAUCAUUUACUUUAACUUUAUUUAUGCCUCUAGAUAAAUUCGACUGCAUAACAUCUGAACAGGAUAUCAUAAAUUUUUUUGAACAAGAAUUUCCAGAUUCAAUUCCUUUGAUAGGAAGACAAAAGCUUAUUGAUGAUUAUAAAAAAAAUCCUGUUGGUGAUGCUAUAUGUGUUAAAACAUAUCCCUAUCAUUAUUUAGACAAAGUUGUUAUUCUUGGUGAUGCUGCUCAUGCUACAGUUCCUUUUUAUGGGCAAGGGAUGAAUUGUGGUUUUGAGGAUUGUCUUGUUUUACAUGAAAUUCUUGAUAAAACCUUGGAUUUUAAAACAGGUUUAGAAGCAUAUUCAAAGUAUCGCAAUCCUGAUGCUGAAGCUUUAAUUGAUCUUUCUCUUUAUAACUACAUGGAGCUCAGGGCACAUGUUAAUUCAGUUUGGUUUACUUUGCGCAAGAAGGUUGACAACUUUCUUCAUUUUUUGUUUCCUCACACUUGGAUACCUCUGUAUAGUAUGGUCACAUUUACAAGGUUGCGUUAUCAUCAUGUUGUUGAACGCAGUAAAAAACAAGACAUGAUAGUAAAAUGGUUAGUUACUGGUAUAUGUGUCUCUGCAUUGUCGGUUUCAUUUUAUUAUGUUACCAAAGUUUCUACCCUUUACUUUAAUUAAGUAAAAACAAUUAUGGAGUAUUUAAAUUUUUAGCUCAUUUUAAUGCAAUGUAUUAUGUUUUUUAUAAAAGCCUUUUUGUUACAAGAUAAAUAAGAAAUAAGUAUAUUUGCUAGUAUUUUCAUUUUAUGUAUUUUAAAUAAUAAAUAUAAAAUAUAUAUAUCG